AUGGCACCAGAAAACAACUGGCUUUCAUUUUCUCUAUCUUCAAUGGAAAUGCUUAACUCUUCCUCGCAGGCUCCCCUUCAGUCCACUAUGGAACUUGCACCGUUUGAAGCCUCGUCUGCUUCUGGUUCUCACCACCCCUACUCCUUCGCCGAUAACUUCUAUUCCAACGAGUGGUAUAACCAGAAAUCUCAAGCCAUGUACUCAGAAGCUGAAAACCAACAGGUCAAGGAAGACAACUCCUUCAAUUUCACCAGCUACAUGAACCCAUAUAUGCACCAAAGCAUGCAGCCACCGCCUAAACUUGAGGAUUUUUUGGGUGGCGACUCGACGGAGAUUCAAGAUUCGUCCCUGACUCACAUCUACGACCACCACCAGACAGGUGGCGGCGACCCCUACUUCAGUAACAAUGAGCAGCAAGAUCUCAAGACUCUUACUGGUUUUCAGUCCUUUCCUGCGAACUCGGGAUCGGAGGUUGAUGAUUCGGCGUUAGCGGGUCAUACUCAGUCCCCGGUUGAGGCAGGGAGCGAGUUGGUGACUUACUCACAGUGCCCCAUUACUGCUGCUGCUGCAAAUACUACUAAUGCUUUAUCGUCGGGUGUUUAUAACAAUGCACAAUGCUCUGAGAAUAAUAACAAAGCCAUUGUUUGUGUUGACUCGGAGAGUUGCAAGAGAGUUACUGAUACUUUUGGUCAGAGAACUUCCAUUUACAGAGGCGUCACGAGACACAGGUGGACAGGAAGAUAUGAAGCACAUCUAUGGGAUAACAGCUGUAGAAGAGAGGGCCAAGCAAGAAAAGGGCGUCAAGUGUACUUGGGUGGGUAUGACAAUGAAGACAAGGCAGCAAGAGCUUAUGAUUUAGCAGCUCUGAAAUAUUGGGGUGACACUGCUACCACCAACUUCCCGAUCGCCAAUUACACCAAAGAGUUGGAGGAGAUGAAGCACGUAACUAAACAAGAGUUCAUUGCCUCACUAAGAAGGAAAAGUAGCGGUUUCUCAAGGGGAGCAUCAAUUUACAGGGGUGUUACGAGGCAUCAUCAGCAAGGUCGAUGGCAAGCAAGAAUUGGUCGUGUUGCUGGGAAUAAAGAUCUCUACCUUGGAACAUUUGCUACUGAGGAGGAAGCAGCAGAGGCAUAUGAUAUAGCUGCAAUAAAGUUUAGGGGAGCGAAUGCAGUGACCAAUUUCGAGAUGAGUCGUUAUGAUGUCGAAGCCAUCGCCAAAAGUCCCCUUCCUGUUGGCGGGGCAGCCAAGCGCUUGAAACUCUCACUCGAAGCCAAAGAGAAACCUCUUACUAACGCCAACUUGCAAAUACAGUCGAGCAGCAACAGCAUCGACUUUGCGUCCCUUCAGCAGCCAGUGUCCACCAUUCCAUGUGGAAUACCAUUUGAUGUCAACUUCUUCCACUACCUCCAUCCCACCAAUGCAGCUGCCUCCGCUGUUUCUGGUGCAGCCCCAACCAUGGUAACUCCAAUGCCAUUGAUGCCGUCACCAGCCGAUUGUUUCAUUUGGCCCCACCAAUCCUAUUAA